AUCAGCGUUUUUUCUUUAAAAUACUAACUCAGAAUACUAACAUUGUUCACAUUAAGAAUAUUUUUGCGCGUCGUGUCUGACUGCCAAGGCAUGGGUGAGCACACCGGCGGCCGUCCUGAAAGACAAACUAGCUGGCGCGCUGGCCUGCAAACUGUUAGUGACGGCAGAAGUGGCCGCGAUUUCAGUAACCCUGAUGUUGCAAUGAAUGUCAGACAAGUCAUCACAACGAGCAGUGAUGGAUCAGCUUCCUCUAGCAGGCAGAAUCAAACACGUUCAUGUUAUUUUGCUGACUCUUCUACCAGGCUGAAUGAGGAGUACGACACUGACAGUGGCAGCAGCAGCAACAGCAGCAGCAGCAGUAACCUGUCCUACGUGUCGCACAAUAUUCCUAACAAUAUGCGCAACUCUUUGGACAGUGAUAACAGCAGCCUUUCACUCCAGAGCCAUCGCGAAAAUCCCUACCAGCAAGGGCUCCGGCGCGAGCUUCAAAGUCUCCAAGAAAAUAACAGGGUGCUGCGUGUCGAGUUGGCUGCACAAAAUGUAAAGUUGGAGUUGUCUGCCAGUGUCAUGGCACACAUUGAAAACUCGCUUGCGUGCUCGAUCUGCAUGGACGCGUUUACGCAUCCGCACUCGCUCGCUUGUGGCCACACCUUCUGCCAGGAGUGCCUGCUAUCGUGGCUUCUUCGAAACAAGAAGUGUCCCGUGUGUCGGGUUCCAGUCAUUAAGCAACCAGCAGUGGCCUAUGUAGUACAAGAUAUCACCGCCUGUCUCAACACACGUGCCGUAGAGGGAGUGCUAACCACGCCCUCCAUCGAAAGCAAUGUGAGAGAGGGAGCGCCAACCACGUCCUCCAUCAGAAGUGACGCCAGAGCCAGCAAUCCAUGGGUGCGCGUGUUUCCUCCUAGACUAGCAAGUGACAAUGGUAUAAGACCGAACUCACCGUUUAUUGUCCCUGCUUCUUGGGAACGGAUUCCCACGGCUAGUCUAGUCCCUUGUUUGGCCGAAUUGCUGGGCAUAAUGGGCCAGCAACGAGCCUUGAUUUCUCAGCUUCGUCAUUUUGCAACUAGCCCGCGGCCAGGCGUAUCUCGCCACCAUACGGACUUGGUUUACGAGCAAAUUAGUACGUCUGAACGGCAGAUCGCUCUGACUAACCAAUUGCUUACGGUAGCACGCAACUACUUUAGAUCUACCGCGCAGCCUGCAACAGCUCGUACACAGCCUGCUGGUGUGGCCCAGAGCCCGGCCACAGGUGCCCCUCACAGGGCUCCUGAGCAAACAGCAGCUGGCUCACAGCCAGCAGCAGCCCACCCACAGCCUGCGACAUCCCGUUUGCAGCUCCCAGGAGUUCAUCCACAGCUCCCAGAAGCUCGUCAACAGCCUGCUGGUAUGGCCCAGAGCCCGACCACAGGUGCCCCUCACAGGGCUCCUGAUCAAACAGCCCAUAAUCAAACUGAGAAUGAAGCCCCAAGCGAACCGAGCCAGCAGGGUCCACGCUCAAGUAUAUCCUUUAUAUAUACACUGAACUUUGAGGAGCUCCGAGACAUGCUAUUCAGGAACGCUUCUGAGCACGGAUUUAGCGCUGAGAGAACUGCCCGCAUGUUAGAUCAGUUGAGGCAAAGGUUUUCUGAUACGAAUGUUUACCCUCUAUUUCCAAGAACGUUUAACCACAGUGAUGUGAAUGCGAUGAGCUCUUCCCAGACACCCCGCAGCCCUGAUCAGACUAGCCGUACUGAGAUCCAAGAAACUGAAGCAACGCCCACUCGCCCCAAUCACAGCGAGCCACAGCCAAGAGCGGAAGAGACUCGGCCCGCAACGCACGAGCUGCGUAGAGGCUACAUGGAUGCGCGGGUUUGGAAUCAGCGCGCGGAAGAUUCAAGGGUUCGGAUUUCUCGUUCUUUUCCCCCAGUGCGUCGUGAAAAUGAGGAGAUUCCCCCUUGGAGAACCAGAUCGGUGUUCCCGAGCGAGGACGAUUAGUUUUUUGUGUAACGACUUGAAAUUUUUAUUUUUGAUUGAUCGGCUGUAUUUUCAUUUUUUAGUAUUGAAUGUCCAUCACAGC